UUUAUAUACUCUUAACCUCAUCAUCCUUCUCCUUACAACACCAAUAACAAACCCUUCAAUUCAAAAAAAAAAAAAAGAAAAGAAAAUGGAUCGUCCAUUCAUUCUCUUUGUUAUUGGAGUCAUGUUUGUGUUUUCAUCAUCAGAAGGUGCUACAACCACAAACCAGUCUGAAUUUUUCAGCCUCAUGAAGGCUUCUCUCUCAGGAAACUGGAAUACUUACAACAACAACAACCAAGGUGUCUGCAAGUUAAGAGGAGUGACAUGCAACGAAGAAGGUGACGUGACCAUUCUCGACCUCACAAGCUGGUCAUCACUCUCCGGAAACUUCCCUUCGGGUCUAUGCAAUUACCUUCCUAACUUACAAGUCCUUCGCAUGGGUUAUACUAAGUUCAAGUUCCCCACAGAAUCCAUAACCAACUGCUCCAACUUGCAAGAACUCAACAUGAACCACAUGUUCCUAUCAGCAAAACUCCCUGACUUUUCGCCAUUGAAGAACCUCAGAGUCCUCGACUUGUCCUAUAACCUCUUCAAAGGAGACUUCCCCAUGUCCGUCUUCAACCUCUCCAACCUCGAGAUCCUCAACUUCAACGAGAACCCAGGCUUCAACUUCUGGAAGCUUCCGGAAACCUUUAACUUCAAGAAGCUCAACUCCAUGGUUUUAACAACUUGCUCUUUGCAUGGCCAGAUCCCUGCCGCGUUAGGGAACUUAACGACGCUCGUUGAUCUUGAACUCAGUGGAAACCUCUUCACCGGACAAAUUCCCAGGGAGCUUGGCCUUCUGAAGAAUCUUCAGGAGCUUGAGCUUUACUAUAACUACCACCUCGUCGGAAACAUACCUGAGGAGCUCGGGAAUCUAACGGAGCUAACAGAUUUGGACAUGUCCGUCAACAAGCUAACCGGAAAAAUCCCUGCUUCCAUUUGUAAGCUUCCAAAGCUUCAAGUUCUUCAGCUCUACAACAACAGCCUCGUCGGAGAGAUACCAGGUGAGUUAGAGAACUCAACUGCGUUGAGGCUCUUGUCGCUUUACGACAACUUCUUGAACGGAACGGUGCCGGAAAAGCUAGGACAAUUCUCCCGCAUGGAGGUUCUGGAUUUGUCGGAGAACAGCCUCUCCGGUCCGUUGCCGACGGAAGUUUGCAAGGGAGGUAAGCUGUUAUACUUUCUUGUACUGGAUAACAACUUGUCUGGCGUGAUACCUGACGGUUACGCUAACUGCAUGAUGCUGUUACGGUUCCGCGUGAGUAACAAUCGGUUACAGGGCCCGAUUCCCGAGGGCCUGCUGAGCUUGCCACACGUGUCAAUCGUUGAUUUGAGCAGCAACAACCUGAGCGGCGUGAUUCCGGAGAUUAACGGUAAUUCAAGAAACCUCUCGGAGCUCUUCCUACAGAGGAACAUGAUAUCCGGUGUGAUACCCGCGUCCAUUUCACGCGCUCCAAACCUCGUGAAGAUUGAUUUCAGUUGUAACCGUCUCUCUGGUCCCAUUCCUUUCCAGAUCGGAAACCUGAGGAAGCUGAAUUUGCUUAUGCUGCAAGGGAACAAGUUGACUGACUCCAUUCCAAGUUCGCUUUCUUCUCUCUCAUCGCUCAACCUUCUAGAUCUUUCUAACAACCUUCUCACCGGUUCCAUUCCGGAGAGCCUCUCUGUUUUGCUUCCCAACUCUAUCAAUUUCUCACACAAUCUUCUCUCUGGUCCAAUUCCUCCCAAACUCAUCAAAGGAGGAUUGGUCGAAAGCUUUUCCGGGAACCCUGGAUUGUGUGUUCUUCCAUCCUCUAACUCCUCUAAUCAAAACUUUCCUCUCUGUAAUUCGCACCAGUACAAGAGCAAGAGACUCAACACUGUUUGGGUGGCUGCGAUUUCCGUGUUUUUGAUCCUUGUUGGAGCCAUGCUGUUCUUGAAACGCAGAUGCAGCAAGGAAACAGCUGCAGUUGAACACGACGAGACGCUUUCUUCGUCGUUCUUCUCUUACGAUGUGAAGAGCUUCCAUAGGAUUACUUUCGAUCAAAGAGAGAUAAUUGAGUCGUUGGUGGACAAGAACAUAAUGGGGCAUGGAGGGUCAGGGACGGUGUACAAAAUCGAGCUAAAGAGCGGUGAUGUUGUGGCAGUUAAGAGACUGUGGAGCACGAAAUCUAAAGAUCGGUUAGUUGUGGAUAAAGCAUUGAAGGCGGAGGUGGAGACAUUAGGGAGCAUAAGGCACAAGAACAUAGUGAAACUCUAUUGUUGCUUCUCUAGUAUGGAUUGCAGCUUGCUUGUUUAUGAAUACAUGCCUAAUGGCAACUUGUGGGACGCGCUUCACAAAGGUUGGAUCCAUUUGGAUUGGCCUACACGCUACCAGAUUGCGCUUGGGAUCGCUCAGGGGCUCUCCUACCUUCACCAUGAUUUGGUUUUUCCGGUCAUACAUAGGGAUAUCAAGUCCACUAACAUUCUCUUGGAUGUUGAUAACCAUCCUAAGGUUGCAGAUUUUGGAAUUGCUAAGGUUUUGCAAGCUAGAGGAGCCAAGGAUUCUACCACUACUGUUAUUGCUGGAACUUAUGGUUACUUAGCCCCAGAAUAUGCAUAUUCACCAAGGGCCACAACAAAGUGUGAUGUGUACAGUUUCGGUGUGAUUCUAAUGGAGCUUCUAACUGGGAGAAAGCCGGUGGAGGCUGAAUUUGGAGAGAACAGGAACAUAGUAUUUUGGGUCUCAAACAAAGUUGAAGGCAAAGAAGGUGCAAGACCAAGUGAAGUUUUUGAUCCAAGAUUAUCAAAUUCAUUCAUAGAUGACAUGAUUAAGGUUCUUAGGAUUGCGAUUAGGUGCACCUACAAAGCACCAUCUAGUAGACCAACCAUGAAGGAGGUUGUUGAGCUUCUCAUUGAGGCAGAGCCAUGCAAGUUGGCAUCAAAUAAUGUCACCAUAAUAAAGAAACCAUAUGAAGUAUAGUUUGAUAAAGCAAGUUUAAAGGGGGUAAGAUAUUAAAGGAGCAUGCAUAUGAUUAUGAUAUAUAGUAGUUUAGAUAAGCUAAGACUUUGUAGAGAAAAACAUGUUACAAUGAUAAUCCUUUUCCUAGACAAGUAGUUUUGUAGAUUCUAUCUUUUGACUUCACUUUCUGAUAUAUAUAAUAAUAAUAUUUUGAAUU